AUUUCCUUCAGUAUACUUACCUGCAUCAAUGACCGACAGCCGACCAACGGUACUCUGCGUAGAGUGCCCAGAGCCUCCAUGUCGACUGGAAGAGGUCACUUCCUCGUCCAAGGUUGCGCAAGUGACCGAGAAGGUUCUCGAACUGGAGAUAAAUCCAAGGAAUCUCUGUCGCGAUUCCCCAGACCGUGAUCACGAUGACGCCCGACAAUACUGGAUUCAGCAACUGUCAGAUAGCGAUGCGCCUGCCUUUCCUAACAAGCCGUCGGUCCAGAAUGUCAGGAAAACUUUGAUGCGCGAGAUACCCCUUCAGUCGAAUGCGAAUGUCAAGGGGGUUUCGUCUUCUGCCACAGUUCAGCUGGCGUGGGCUCUCACCAUCUCGCAAUACACCGGCUCGGUGGAUGUGGUGUUUGGCGCUGCAAGGCCUCGAGGAGAUCAGAAUGAUAUAUUUCCGAUGCGCAUUGUUUUAGACACAGAUGAGGUUAUUCAGCAGGCAGCAGAGGAAAUACAUGGGAAGAAUCAUGAAAUGGUUCCUUAUCAGCAGGAUGGACUGCCAAAUAUCAAACAGUGGACUUCUGGAGCUGGUUGUGGCUUCCACAAUAUAUUGUUGCUCGAUUCUAAGAUAGACGCCACGACUGAUGCCAGUUUGAGAGCCUAUCCUCUCGUCUUGCAGUGCAGCUUCAAAUCUGAACGGCUGGCACUGAACGCGAUGUUUGAUCCUCUGGUGGUCACCGAGAUAUAUGUGCAGCGAGUCCUCAACCAGCUGAUCCAUAACAUCAACCAACUCAGCCGACAUUGGGAUCGACAAAUAUCGAACAUUAGCUACUUAAAUUCUCACGAUGCAGUACAAUUAAAACGGUGGAAUGACACACUGCCAGAGCCUAUCCAGCGUGGUGUGAAUGAAUUGAUCGCAGACAACAUUCGCAGCCACCCGGAUGCCGAUGCCAUCUGCGCAUGGGAUGGCUCUUUGACAUAUGAUGAGCUGGACCAACUAUCAUCACGACUCGCAUUGAAACUGAUACAACAUGGCGUCUGUCCAGGAACGGUGAUUCCAGUGUAUUUUCCACGGUCCAUGUGGACUCCAGUUGUUUUACUGGCCAUUACCUUGACAGGGGCUGCCUUUGUUAUGCUGGACAGGGAUCAUCCAGAAGACAGACUACGCGAUAUUUGCCAGCAAGUAAACGCCACCUUGGUGGUUUGUCCGCAUAGCGAUGUUGUAACUGCAUCUUCUUUCUGCGCAGGUAUAUUUCCUGUCAAUCCAGACCAGCUCAAUGGACUAGCUCCCCAUGUUGCAAUCGACUUCCAACCGUCCCCUGAGACAUUACUUUAUGUAGCCUUCACAUCCGGCUCAACGGGACGACCCAAAGGAGCCAUGAUAUCGCAUCAUUCCUUUUCCUCAUUGGCAGUGCGUCUCAAUCAUGUCACAAAUCGUGGGCGCCACACACGACGCCUUGCCCUCUCGUCGUAUGCCUUUGAUGUCAGCAUUGGGGAUAUAUUCUUUACACUCAUCGGAGGAGGCUGUGUCUGCAUUCCACCCAACUUGGAUGACUUACCCAAGGCUACUUCCGAUCUCAAGGCCAACGCAUUUGACACUACCAAUAGUGUUCUUCGAACGCUGAGUCCGGGUGAAUGUCCUGGGGUUGAAUCAGUGUUGACAACAGGCGAGUCACCAACUCGAGAUGUCCUUACGGCGUGGACAAACAAGGUGAAAUUAAUACAAGUAUAUGGACCAACUGAAUGCUCUGUCUGGUGUGCUACAACCUCGCCAAUGAAAAGCACGACAGAACCGUCGAUUAUUGGGAACCCACUAGGAUGCCGCUCUUGGAUUGUCGACCCUGCAAUUCCAGAAAAAUUGAUGCCAAUUCAAGGAAUCGGAGAGUUGGUGAUUGAAGGGCCCAUCGUCGGGUUAGGCUAUAUCAGCAACCCCCAAAAAACAGAGACGACAUUCAUCUCACGCCCAAAGUGGGUCAAUGAUGGCACUGGAAAAGUGUAUAGAACAGGAGACUUGGUGCAAUACACCGAAAGUGGAACUCUCCGCUUCAUCGGACGGAAGGAUCGACAGGUCAAGCUGUACGGCAACAGGAUAGAACUCGGAGAGGUGGAAUUCCAAGUCCAACAAGCAUUCUCGCGGCCCAUUAGUGUCGUCGCAGAACUCAUCAGACCAGCUGGAGCUAACAGUCUUCCUGUUCUACUUGCCUUCGUCUGCCUCACUCCGAACCAUAAACAACUGUCCGCAACUGAAAGUACCAACGGCCUGCUCGAAGCAGGAACAGAAGACUUUCGAACAAUGACAGCCACCGUCCGGCUGCGCCUACGAGAGAUACUGCCCCCAUUCAUGAUACCAGGCGUGUUCCUCCCUGUCUCAUACAUUCCGUGGACACCAACUGGAAAGACGGAUCGGAAUCGUCUGCGAAGAGCCGCUGAAGCAUUAGAUCGACACGAACUAAGUCUCGCAGAAGCAGGAACGAUAUCAUUCCGCGCACCAGAAACAGACACUGAAAAGGCAUUACACAAACUAUUCGCAAAGAUCUUGUCUAUUCCAGAGGAUCAGCUCAGCGCGGAUGCUCACUUCUUUCAUGCUGGGGGGGAUUCAGUGCUGGCUUGGAGGCUGGUUAUGGCUGCUCGUGCAAAGGGGAUUAUCUUUACCGGGGAUCAAGUUCUCAAUCAUCCUGUUCUUUCUAAUCUUGCUUUAGCUGUUCAAGCUCAACGCCUAUAGCAGUCAUAAUAAACACCGCAUUAGAAUUUACCAUAUUAUAUCCCAACGUCGACACUGAGCUUGCCCUCGGAUGUUUUGUAGGUAUAUUUUGAAGCACAAUAUAAGGUUGUGGAGUGGCACUGGGCAAAGUGGGGCAUAUCUUAUAGGGUUCAUUUCAGUGAAUUGAGUGACUGUUCUUUUUUCUUUCUUCAGACAGAUACUGUGAGUCAUAGGCAG